AUGCCUGACAAGCAGAUUGCUCGCAGCGACAAAAUUUUUGCCGACUCGUGGAAAGUUGAUCGAUCCUGCCCGGAAGCGCCUCCUUUACCUAAUCCCUGUACGACUGCUGGUGCGAAUACUCAAGAGGCGAAAGCGAAAUGUUCGUUAAUGAGACAACAACCAUUUUUGGCAUGUCAUAACCAUGUUAAAGUGGACACUUUUAUACUGGAUUGUGCAUAUGAUGUCUGCGCAUGCAAGGAUCAUCCGUUGUCAUGUUUAUGCGAGGAGUAUUCAGCUUACGCCGACACUUGUUCGUUGGUCGGGGUGAAUUUCCAGUGGAAGCAUUUACCACAGUUUAAGGAAUGUGGUAAGCACAGUACCUGCUGUUUAGUAUAAGACUGUGCGGCUGUCGAUCAGUAGAAUGCAGCAUUUUGACUGGUCCUUGAGCGGUCGGAAAGCAAUAAUGCGAACUGCUACUGAAUAUCCCAAGACGAAAGCGAGCAAAAAUAUUUGUUCAAUAUGUUACUAUAGCGGUCCUUAAAUUAAAUGCUUUUUCAUUAACAAUGGAUGUACGGCAAACUUAAGCUAAAAUUCACUAUCUGCUUGGCCUGUAUAGAAGCUGCAAAAUGCCAAGAAUACUUCUCCUUAAAAGGUCCCAACAGUCAUUUUUUAGUCGAAAAGCCGUUGUUUACAUUUUUGUUAUUGUCGCUACUUGACAUGCGCACCACUCAUGGAUACUGCAUGUAAGAUACAGCCAAACGAAUCUCCCUGAAGUCCCCUACUUAAGGUGGCUUGUCGACUAAAAAAUGACUGUAGAGCCCCUUUAAUUUCAACAAAUUCCUAUUAUUCCUGAAUUUAUUUUAAGACAAGAUAGCCCCAAUUCAGGACGGCUGUGGAUUGAGAGAAAUACAACUACCUGUAAAACGUCUAACCCUUUGUUCGAAACGUCGAAGUUCUGCUUGUAUUUUUCAGAAUUAGAUAGUUGUGUCUGUCUCAAUCCGUUCGAGAAUGAAUCCUAGUCAGUUUUAUUUACGGAUUUGAAAUAUGUAUUGUUUUUUUCCCCAGUCUCUCCGUGUGCAGUCGCGCCAUGUAUGAAUGGUGGUAUUUGUGAGAAUGUUGGUAAAGGUUAUAAAUGUACAUGUGCUUCUGGUUACCGCGGUGGUAGAUGCCAGACUGAAGGUGAGUCACACUGCAUAUUUAUUAUAGACUAACACAUGUUACAGAUCGAAGUCCGGUACUGGAGAUAUGUCAGAUGCUCUUUUACAGCUAUCAGCAUACAUACUUACAACAAAGAUACGAACAAUUUAAGACAAACUUACAUUGUCUUUUGCCUAAUACUACUUGCCCUAUUUGCCGCUUUCUCAUCAUGUUUUGGCUGAUUUAGGCCUAUAUUCACAUUUUACCCAACGUAAAAGCAAGGAAGUUUGCUUCACAGCCACAUAUAAAGCAACUUUGUCAUGUGUAUUUUCUAAAUCUUGCUUACUGUAUUCCACUCAAUGACAUUCUGCCAUAAUUUUGAGAUAAUUGAUGUGAUCGUGUAUGCGACACAGUGAUACAAUAUUAGCACAUUGAUCUGAAAACUGGCACUGCAUUAUGCAUCCGCUGUGCAUAAAUAAAGCCAAUGGCGGCCAUAUUGGUAUGGAUACCACAAAUCUACUGUGAUGUUGUCCCAUAGUGGAAGAGGUUUUUACAAUUUCUAGCCAUCGCUGGGAAAGCAUGAAAAUUGUUUGAACAGAAGCAUAGUUAAUAUUAAUAGAAUUGAUGGCUUGGAAACUUAUUGAUAUAACAAUAUACUGUAACUCAUUAUCUAUGUUAGUCAACGUUUAUUCAUAAACAUGUUCCUUCACCGUCUCGUGCGUAUUGUAUUUUCGCCAAAUCCAGCAAUAGCAAUUUCCAAUUACCUUAUUGUUCGAGUCACGGAUAGGUAACAUUCCUAAAACAUUGCUAUUGCAUGGUUAGUUGGGCUAUACCAUACGUUCGUGACUGUGACAGAUUAACAUAGAUAAUGAGUUAUAUUGUUAUUCUAACGAGUUUCCAAACUAUCUAUUCUAUUAAUUAACUAUUAUUGAAGUUUAUCAACACUGGUCUCCCUUCCUCCUUUAGGCCGUCGUCUGCGUCCCAAUAUAAUUCAUUUUCAUUCACCAUAUCUUGGAUCUGAAAUAUUUUUACGGGAGCUAACACUUUCAAGCACGCUAAGUUCAAAUCCAAAAAUAUUCCGUUCCGUAGACCCGUUCCGUAGACAAUUUUUUCAUUGUUCAAGAACGCGGAUCGAUGACGACACAAGACUAUGUCACUCAAAAGGACCAAUUGCUGUUAACCAGUCUUUCUUUUAACACAAGAUCGUUUUGUUCGAAUUAUUUUGAGUUAUGUAAUCUUAUAUGCGCGUUGGACGUAAACAACAUAUCUUGUCUACCACUUUGAGAAGGUAUACAGAUAACGCUUUCCAAAAUCCUCAGAUCUAGCGAUAUCUCUAUAAAAUCACAAUGACGUUAAUUAUAUAAUGCUAUUUUUGGCAGUUUUUGGCUAUGUCUCUGGCCUGAAACUAAGUCUCUUUAACGCGACCUGCACCAAGGGGUUUAAAACAAAAGUAGCUCGAAGCCAACGUAACGGCAAAGACAACGCUAAAAUGAAAUAUUGUCGAUGGGUUGCUGCUAGAAGACUUACGACAGGAUUAAAUGGCCUCAAACUAGAAGAACAAAUGUUUGAAAUUAAAGACAAAGAUCAGUGCCAAAGUAUAAAAGCUGUUCUUUAAACUUACGACGAAGUGGAGAAAUGUGUAAAUAAGCUGUUUAUUUGGUGAUUUCAAAGUACACGAAAGCCCUCUUUUCAAUAAUAUUCGCUUAACGCACAGCAUAACACCUGCUUAUGUAAUAGUUCAAGUGCAAUGAUAAGUUACCUCUUAAGUUACGUCUCAGAAACUGUGUAGGAAAUUUUAAUGGUGAUCCAUAACAUAUAAGAUUGCCGUUUUACAUCCUUGUGUUAAACAUUUAUGCCAUGUAAGGAAUUAUUUCUCAGCCCAGAGACAUGGUCCAAAGACUUAACAUUAACUUCCUUGUGAUUUUGUAGAGAUAGAGCUGAAGAUUUUAGAGAGCGAUAUCGGUACCAUCCGAAAGUUGUAGACAAGAUAUAUUGUGUACAUCCAACGCACAUAAAAUUACAUAACCAAAAAUGAUCCAAGGAAAACGGUCUUUUGUAAAUGUAGAGACUGGCAUGGUUGACAGAAAUGAGGUAUUUUGCAGAGACCAGAAAUUUCGCUUCACACCAAAGCGAUUAUAAAUUGCGCAUGAAAAAAGUCAAAAUUGGACAACAGCGCCGGAGCGAAACUGUUUGAAAACGUCACUUUACAUGUAAAAUUCGAGCACGGUUUCCAAACAUAGUGAGAUGAAAACGCAUAGUUGCUAAUAUAUAUCAAUAUGAUAUUCUUGUUGCAGACGAAGCGGUGUGUAGCGCCACAGGGGACCCACAUUACCGAACAUUUGACAGGAAAAGGUACCCUUUCAUGGGUAUAUGCCAGUAUGUAUUGGCAAAAGAUCUAGACAACUCAUUUUUGGUUUUGACCAAAAACGAACGAUGCAGUGGCCGAGAGAGUUGCGUUGUAGCUGUGACUGUAUCAGUGAAAGGUCUGAGGAUUGAAAUGAAGAAAGGAGGAUCUCUGACAGUGUUUGGUGCAGCUGUAACACUACCAUACAAUAACCAAGGUAACAAUAACAUACAAUAAUAAUUUACAUUAAAAAAAAUAUAAAUUGAUUACAGUUUACGAACUCGUGGCUAAAAUAUUUAAAUAGCUUUUGCGUUUUCGUCCAUAUGAUGCGAUAAAAUUCACUUGUUCAAAAACAACGAAAUACACCAGGUUUUUUUUCAAAAAACUUGUUGAUCAUAGAAUUAAAAAUCUUCAGAAAAUAAUCGACCAGUAUAAUCUAACAUUUUCUUUGCACAUGCAAACGACGAAAAAACAACAUAGUGGGCCUACAUCUUCAUACAUACUUCCAGGGGCGUAACUAGAGGGGAUGUGAGGGGAUGUAACACGCCCCUCCUUCAUUCAUCACGGACUCGCCAAUUAUUUGCUAGACUCGGAAAAUAUCUGAUUCGGCAAGUAUUUUUCGGAUAUACCGGCAAAUUGUUUCGUGGUCAGCGAAAAUAUUAAAGUGCCUCGGAAUAAAAAGUAAUAUUUAUAGCAAAUAUUUUGCAAAAUUUACUAAGAUCACGUAAAAAGUUAACAAAUUAGGAUAUGUCCGGAAACAUUUUCGUGUGUCUGGAAAAGUUACGAUAUGUCCAGGAAAAUUUUUGUUUGUCCAGAAAAAAUUUGGCGACCUCCCCACAUAAUAAACUACGGUCGACCGUAACUUUAAAUUCGACCAAAUAAUGUGAGGAAAGUGGGUCGUGGUCUUAGACGACGCAUUUUGCAUGUGUCAAAUAUAAUUUGGUUGGGCGUGGCUUUGGAGACGUGGUGUAAUGUUAUUGAAAUGUCACAUGUUGACACUUCAGAAAAAGAUUAAUCUUUAGAUAAUUCAAUUUUUCGACAAAUUUAGGGUUAAAAUAUUCUGACGACUUCGUUAAAUUCCGAAGUACAGUACCAUAAGGCACUCUUGCAUUUUUUUGUAAUAGAUUCAUCAGAUCGUCAAUUAGGAUAUGCUUUCAUACUUUCAUCCCCUGAACAAUGUUAUUUGAAGGUUCUUCGGUGUAUUCUUAAUAAAUGCUUUCAAUUCUGCCUAUUUUAACCAUAAUAUUCUUAUAACGUAGUUUUUUUAUGUCUUAAUGUCUCAAGCUUUCAUUAUUCGAUCUAGGCAACACCCAAGCCAAAUUCAAUUCAGUGCAUGCGAAACGCUUGAACCAGGCCUAUAAUUCAUGAAUUUUAAUUUGAAAAGCCCUAACACCUAGUCACUUCUGUUUCAAGUUAUUUGGCAUGACACAGAGACUGAUUUUUUUUUCUUCUGCAUUGCUUUAAUAAUUCACAUAUAGGUGGAAUAAUGUACUUUUAAUGGGCAAAUUUCAAUGCCUAAUUUUGGCCAUUCUUGCUUAAAAUUUUACAAAAGGGUGUCAUUCGUAAGAUGAAGCCCUAAGCUUUGCUACUGUGAACGAUCACAUGUGUGCACGUGGACGAGCAAUCUAAGCUGGAUUACCUGUUUUUGAUACACCCUUUAUUUCUAACCUGCCAGCUGUCGGAGAUGUGAGCUUCUGACAGCCUAAGUGCGGCCGACUUACUUUGUGCUUUUGAAAAUUUUGCUAGGUGUGAAUAUAGUGAAAGAUAAAACACGUAAACUUCAGAUCACAGCUGACGUAGGUUUAAAAGUCCUGUACAAUGGCUUUUCAAACGUUUUUGUGACUGCGAAGGCAAGACAUAUGAACAGACUAGCUGGACUCUGUGGAAACUACAAUGGGAACGCGGAUGAUGAAUUUAUCAAAGUAGAUAUGAAACGAACCGCAAAUGUCAACGAAUUUGGAAAUUCUUGGAAAGUUGGCCGAAGUUGCCCAAAUGAGCCACCACUUAAGGAUCCAUGUUUAACUGCUGGUAAUGUUGCUCGGGUGGCCAAGAAGAAGUGUCAGUUACUGAAGCAGCAACCAUUUGCCGUAUGUCAUAAUUCAGUCGUGCAGGAUGCUGGGUUUAUUAACGAUUGUGAAUUUGAUGUUUGUGCAUGCAAUAAUCACCCUACUUCAUGCCUAUGUGAAGAAUUUGAUGCUUAUUCCACCUCGUGUUCUCUGGUCGGGAUCCCUAUCACCUGGAAGAAUCUUUCUCAGUUUGCUGAAUGUA